AUGAAUGUUGAAGGGAAGACGAAGGACAAUGCAAAAUCAAGAGAAGAUUUGAAAGAGUUUUGUCACCGACCUGAGUUAGAGAGGGAUAUGGCAACAGGAAAGUAUCCUAAAGCAUGUUACACAUUAGACAAACAAUCAAAAGCGAUGUUGUGUGAAUGGCUUAAAAAUCUUAGAUUCCCGGAUGGUUAUGUGUCAAACAUGGGUAGGUGUAUAGACAUGAGAAAACUAAAGUUGUUUGGGAUGAAAAGCCAUGAUUGUCAUGUCUUUAUGCAAAGAUUACUCCCAAUAGCAUUUAGGGAAUUGCUUCCAAAAAAUGUGUGGCAAGCAUUGACCGAAUUGAGCAAUUUCUUUAGAGAGUUAACUUCAACAACACUUAGAGAAGAAGCCAUGUUACAGCUCAAUGAAGAGAUUCCUAUUAUAUUAUGUAAACUAGAGCGUAUAUUCCCUCCAAGUUUCUUUGACUCCAUGGAACAUCUCCCAGUGCAUUUGGCUUAUGAAGCAUGGAUUGCUGGUCCUGUGCAAUAUCGGUGGAUGUAUCCAUUUGAGAGGUACCUUAGGAAGUUAAAAAAUAAUGUGAAAAAUAAAGCCAAAGUGGAAGGUUCCAUAUGCAAUGCAUACUUAGUUGAAGAAGCAUCGUCAUUCUGCGCUCAUUAUUUUGAACCCCAUGUCAACACAAGGCAUCGAAAGGUUCCACGCAAUGAUGAUACAGUCGAACAUAUGGAUGAACAUCUAGGGAAUCUAUCAAUUUUCACUCAUUCCGGUAGGCCACUGGGAAAAGGAAAGGUUAGAUAUCUCACAGAACAAGAAUUUCAAGCAGCACAAAUGUACAUCUUGUUGAAUUGUAUAGAAGUAAAACCGUACAUUGACAUUUUUGUUAAUGAGUUACACAUGGCCAAUCCAAAUAUCAAUGAUAAACAAGUUGAUGAGAAACUAGAGCGUGAAUUUGAUAAGUGGUUCAAUAAAUAUGUUCACAAUCCCUCCAACAAUAUAUCAAGCCAGUUUUUAAAGGAUCUAUCAAAGGGUCCAUUAAGAAGUGUUAUGUGCUACAAUAGUUAUGUAGUUAAUGGUUAUAAAUUUCAAACUAAAGGUUAUGGUUCGCAUAGGCAACGAUGA